UAAAUAUGGCGGCGUUUGAGUAACGUUUAGUGGCUCGACUGCUUGAGGGCUGAACGAAGACGUUGUUGAUAAGCGGAAGUUCGUUCAAGCAAAACACACACACACACACACACGGUGCGGUCAAGACGGUGUCAAUUGUAUUGUCUUGUGCAGUGUGGAGAGAAGACCGACUUGGAGUUUAGGAGUUAGAAAUAAAUCAAAAGGCACGUCGACAAACAGGUGCUAUGAGCAGUGAGCUGAACGUGCCCAUGGGGUCCCCGGCCCCGGGGGUCUCGGAGCGAUGCCCGGGUGGCGGCGGAAUGGACUACAGGGACUGGGUGCGGCGCAGUUACCUGGAGCUGGUGAGCUCCAACCACCACUCGGUGCAGGCCCUGUCCUGGAGGAAGCUCUACCUGAGCCGGGCCAAGCUGAAGGCCUCCAGCAGGACCUCUGCACUGCUUUCCGGCUUCGCAAUGGUGGCCAUGGUGGAGGUGCAGCUGGUGAUGCAUUACAAUUACCCUCCUGCGCUCCUCAUUGCCUUUAGCGUGUGCACCACCGUGCUGGUGGCGGUGCACCUCUUCGCCCUGCUGAUCAGCACCUGCAUCCUUCCCAACGUGGAGGCCGUGAGCAACAUCCACAACCUCAACUCCGUCAGCGAGUCGCCCCACGAGCGCAUGCAUUACUACAUCGAGCUGGCCUGGGGCUUCUCCACAGCCCUGGGCAUCCUGCUGUUUUUAGCAGAGGUGGUUCUCCUUUGCUGGAUCAAAUUCCUGCCUGUAGACUCCAGCGGGGGCCAAAAGGUGACCAGCUGCUGCGCCACAACGGCCACCGCCACGACGAAGCCCACACCAGCCCCACAUGUGCGGCAGGACAGCGGUUGGCAGGCUGCUCUGGCCUCCACCAUCAUCAUGGUCCCAGUGGGGGUGAUUUUUGUGGUGUUCACCAUUCACUUCUAUCGCACUCUGGUGCACCACAAGACGGAGCGCCACCACCAGGAGAUCGAGGAACUGCACAAGAUUAAGAUACAGCUCGACGGCCACGAGAGAGGCCUGCUGACUGUGUGAUAUCAAUGACUGCAGCUUUAAAAGGACUUCCCUUCGUGUCUCAUAUUUAUCUCUUUUCUGACAUUUGUUUUGGUCCUCAUUACCGCCUCGCUUGGACUCAGCUUUAAAGCGCCUCACUGUGCUGCGCAGAGAGCCAAUACAUGUCAGACUGCUAAUUUAUUCUAGGGGUAAAGUUGCGUUGUAGGACCUUGUCUGUGUUUUACAUCUGUUACAUCUGUUGGUCAAGGAUCAUGUAAAUGGUUUACAGAAAAAGGGCUAUUAUGUGAGUGCCAUGUCUGUGUUUUUUAUUGUAGGGUUUGGUGACGAUAGCCAGUUACAUUUCAGAUCUGGUUCCACAUUGGAUUCACUCCGAGCCGAACGGAUCUCUUAUUGAAUCUUUUAUCUCACACCUUGUUAGGAAAGAGCUGCCUUCACUUUCACCAGAGAAAAUGUGGUAAACGCCAUAAGUUACUUGCCGCAACGCCAAAAUGACUUGUUUGAUUAUUGUGCUCUCUGUCAGCUGGUUUCUGUGCUCAGCCAAAGAUUGUUUGUUAGCGAAAGAAGAUGAACCACUCUGACAGCAAUCCAGGAUCAAAAGCUGCUAACAGAUACUUUGAGUUUCACUUAUUUUCUAAAUCUAUUUCCAGGUUAAAUGGAUUCACGAAGAGAUUUAAAAAGAUUUGGAUAAGAUGAAAUUGUAUUGAACCCCGACCUUGGCGCAGACAUAAUGUGGUCAGGUCUCACUGUUAAUACUCAACCUGCCCCUCAGUCUGGCUCACAUUUCACAUUUGCUCGUUGUUUUAACUGUAAAGUGCCGAGUCAUGCAUCACAACGCAGGGAACGUGGCUUACGUCUGACUAACUGAGGCCGUUUGUAAAGUCUUAAAAUGUUUUUGCAUUCUUGUAAAGUUGUUGGGAAGUUUUUAGGUCCAACAUCUCAAAUGCCUCAAACCUUUUGUCCUUUUCCUUACGAAGACCAUGGCGCAUGUGUAAAAAAAAGAGUUGUCUAUUCUGCAGACUGGUGAUGCUCAAAAAUGCUUAAAUAUGAAUGUGUCAAAUAUAGUUCUGCCUCACAGAAUUAUUGCCUUUUCUGAACUGCUGUUUUGCUAAAGGUCACAACACAAGCUGAUCUUUUUUUUUUUUUUUGCUGGGAAUGUAUUUGUGCGAGACAAAGUUUAAAUGUUGAGUCGAGGAGGAUGGAGAUGAGAACAUGUUGUAAUCAGCAUUACCUUGUCCCAUCCAGUUUAAAUAGUAAUCAUGGAGACAUUUCAGUAAAAGUAAAAUAAUCUACACAGAGUUGGCACUUUCUUGGAUGAGGUCAGAUUAUGUUACUGUGUUUAAAAAAUCAAUAAAAAUAAACUUAUCACAUUCCAAAUAAGAUGACUGACCAAAGUGCUGCUCAGUUUGUUUCUGAGAAGAGACAGAAGUGCUCUUGUAGUUUAGUUGUACAGUGAGUGAGAGAAUAUCUUGCUUUCUCGUGUUUUGAGCUUCUUAAAGGAAUACUGCAGAGGUCAGGGAGACCUGUGUUGGGAAGAUGAAAUUCACAGCCAGACGUCAAAAAAUAAAAACGAUAUUGAAGUUUU